GGGAGAGGUUCCCCCGUAGGCGGGGCGGCAGAGCCGGGCCCGGAGCAGUGGGCAGCGGCGGCGGCGGAGCGGCGGUGCCGGCGAUGGAGCCGGGGAGCAGGCGCGGGCGCGGCGGCGAGGAGGGACCGCGCCCCGAGGAGGAGGAGGUGGAUCCGCGCAUCCAGGGGGAGCUGGAAAAACUAAAUCAAUCUACAGAUGCUAUCAAUCGGAGAGAGACAGAACUAGAGGAUGCACGCCAGAAGUUCCGCUCUGUGCUGGUUGAAGCAACAGUAAAACUGGAUGAACUGGUAAAGAAGAUUGGAAAAGCUGUAGAAGACUCUAAACCUUACUGGGAAGCUCGGAGAGUGGCCAGGCAGGCACAGCUGGAAGCUCAGAGGGCGACUCAGGAUUUUCAGAGGGCCACUGAAGUGCUGCGUGCUGCAAAAGAAACCAUUUCGCUUGCUGAGCAGAGGCUACUGGAAGAUGACAAACGUCAGUUUGACUCUGCCUGGCAAGAGAUGCUCAACCAUGCUACUCAGAGGGUCAUGGAGGCAGAACAAACCAAAACGAGAAGCGAGUUGGUUCACAAAGAGACUGCAGCCAAAUAUAAUGCUGCCAUGGGAAGGAUGAAACAACUGGAGAAGAAGCUGAAAAGAGCCAUCAAUAAAUCUAAACCUUACUUUGAACUCAAGGCGAAGUACUACGUCCAACUAGAGCAACUGAAGAAGACGGUGGAUGAUCUGCAGGCAAAACUGGCCCUGGCAAAGGGAGAGUAUAAGACUGCCUUGAAAAACCUGGAGAUGAUCUCUGAUGAGAUUCAUGAGAGGAGGAGGUCCACUGCCAUGGGGCCCCGAGGAUGUGGCGUGGGUGCUGAAGGGAAUGAUACCUCUGUGGAAGACCUGUCAGCAAGUAAACCGGAGUCAGACACUAUCUCCAUGGCUUCAGAAGUGUUUGAGGAUGACAACGGCAGCAGCUUUGUAUCUGAAGAAGAUUCGGAAACUCAGUCGGUGUCCAGCUUCAGCUCUGGUCCUACAAGUCCCUGUGAGGUGCCCACUCAGUUUCCUCCCACGACGCGACCUGGAAGCCUGGAUCUGCCCAGCCCUGUAUCACUUUCUGAGUUUGGGAUGAUCUUUCCUGUCCUCGGCCCCCGAAGUGAAUGCAGCGGGGCAUCGUCCCCUGAAUGUGAAGCUGAAAGAGGGGAUAGGGCAGAAGGAGCCGAGAACAAGACAAGCGACAGAGCGAACAAGAGUAGGAGCAGCAACAGGAGCGGUUCCACUGAGGGGCUGGCUUUGGAUAACCGAAUGAAGCAGCUCUCCCUUCAGUGCAUGAAAAUCAAAGAGGGAAUAUGCGCAGGCAGAAAAGCUGCCCAGAUUGGCUGAGUCCUCCUUGUGCCCUGUCCUGAUUAAUGGGAGUAUAAAUAUUUAUACAUGAACUUCUAAGUGUUUGAAGAACAUCGUGCCAAUAAUAUAUGCCAAAUCCUAAGCGUUUACUCUUAAGAAUUAAAAACUGCACUAAGAAGUCGAAUUGAUGUGGAGGGCUGAAGUUUUUAUUCACUAAAUCCUUUGCAGGCCGGAUAAGUUAUCAAAUGUUUAAGCUGUACUCAUACUUCAGACUUUGUAAAUUGUUUUGUAGCAGCCUGGCUGAAGCAAUAACUAGGAACGGUCCCGUGUAAAUUCAUGCCAGCAGAGGGGCUGAAAUUCAAGCCAGACAUUUGCAGAGAGCAGUUUGGCUUUGGUUUUGUAGAAUGAAAUGCUCUUUAGAUACGGUGGAUCUUUUGAGUAUAAGUGGCAUCUUCUUUAAACCUCUGUAUGUGUCUGUAUUAUGCUGAAACUGUAGAAAUAUUUUGUAUACAGGAAAACUGUUGCAUGUGUGGGGUCUAAAAGCCUUUGCUCUUCCCUUGGUGCUCACAGAAAGAUGAGUCAUGCCUAUAAAAGCUGGUGUCAAGAGACAGACAGACAGGGGAUGGUAUUGCUCGGGGGUCAUAGGCCCUUUCUAGCCACCUUCCCCAGCCUGGCUUGGAUGCUGAGGGUGAUUCCAGUGACCAAAAAGAGUUGAUUGGCCCCUUGCCCUUCCCCUCCCCUGAGAAGUGAAAUAUUAUUUUUCAGCACUUUAAGUGGGUCUGGGUUUUUGUUUGUUUUUUUUUUUUCUUGAAAAUGGGAGUUGUAGAUGUUUUCAGGACAGUUAUGAAAAAGGGAUUCGUCCUCGAAAUAUGCAUGAAGAAAAGGAAUUGCCAGUGUAGAUUGACAAUGUGUUCUUAAGCUUCUCUGUAGGUUGUACUGUGUGGGGUUUUAUAACUGUUAAAGGGACUUGGCGUUUUAGUAUGCCUGGCAGAACGUGUUCAAUAAAAUUAGGAAGGGCAUGGGCAUGUUUUGCCAGCAGCUGUUAGGCAGUAGUAGUGUCUGGUAAUUAUGCUAAUAAGUGGUAGUAAAAAUCCUAGGACUCUUCCGUUUUGGUGGCUUAAGCGUUUCUGAAAGCACCAUUUUAUCUAAGAUGUCAGUUUCUAUUGUUAAUUUGAUGGGAAUUUUAGUAUUGCCCAAAGUAUUUUCUAUUCUAUGUUUUUGCAGUCCUGUUGUAUUUCAUCCCUGCCACAGCUUGUGUAUCUAUUUGCAAAGUUCAUGUAAAAUUCUUCACACUACAGUAAACAUUUUUGUUUUCCACAUUUUGAGUCUGUGCAAGCUUCGUCUGUCUCAAGUGCUAAGAACCAAACCUUCUCCCACAGCAAGUUGAGUCUUUAAAUAUCCACUUCCAGUGGAAGACUGCAGCCUGGCAUCACUCCGGUAGUAGAGUCCUAUGCAGUGUGUGGAGAACUGUUACCUCCUUCCAGCUCCCUGUAUCUCCGCAUCCAUGAUUCACCUUUUAUUCUGAACUCUGCGAGACCAGGGCUUUGUCAAGUUUUCCAAAAUCCCUUAGUAGGCAGAAAAGGGGAAGGUGUUGUUACCCUGCACGUCCCUAUUUUGCGCUGCUGCUGAAAUCUGCUGUAAGGCCAUACAGCAUUGGAAGUACAGAAACCUGUUUUCAUAAAAGUUAGACUCAACCCAUUAUAGCUGCUAAGCUGUAAGUACUUUAAAUAUUUAUGUGUUUACAUCUUGCAAAGACCUGAGGCUGAACUCUGCCAUUGGUAGCAUCUCCCAGCCCAAUAGAUGCUUAGGAAAGAAGUCAGUGGUUCCAACACCUGAUGUGACCAACAGUUGGGGAAAAGCUAGGAUUGACAGUAUUAAAUACAAAGAGCAAAGCAGCAGGGAAGUGCCACGUUGCAUGAAAUAUUUUUACUUAAACCUCUGUAGUUAAGGUGGUGCCUGGGCUACAUACAAUUAGAAUGAAUGUGGCCAAGUAUCUUAUUUUUGCAGACUUGCCCGACAACCCGUAUUAUGCUUUCCUAGGUUGCUCAGGUAUUUUGAGUUGUGUUUGUUUGCUUGUUUUUUAUUUGAGUCAUUUAACCUCUCGCUAUAAAAUUUCCUCUCACCUUGUUCUGACUGGAAACCCAAACUCCCUGCACUUGGGCAAUAAACUAAUUUUAUGUUCAGCAGGACAUAAAACCAGUUGCACGUGUCCUGAUUGGAUUCAGGUCCCAGCACAGCAAAAGCAUUGAUCAAGAAGUAGGAAAGGGUGUGGAACUCACCCUACCCUCACUUUUACAUCACACUUCUGCAAGAUUUGUUUAAAAAUCCUGCUGCAGUCUCCUUCCUUUGGUAACCUCCUGGACUUUGCAGAUGAAUCACCCUUCAAACAUGCAAGCAAACAGGCAGAACUCCGUGUCUAAUAAAUUAAUGGAAAACUCAUUUUAUUUUAAACUUCAUAAAAGCCAUAAUUAUAAAUACAACAAACUUAAAAGAACAUACAUCACUAUGGAGGUGCAGGCCAAAGAACAGGCUUUCUCCAGCUGGAGCUCCUUCUGCAUUCUGAAGUGGAACGGUUGUAGCUGCCCUCAUGGGUAUAAAAAUAAGCCUCUGCUGUAUCAAAGUAUAUGUGAUCACUUCAGCUGCCCUGAAGUGAGAAUGUAUAAAGCAAAUGUUAACCUAGGAAUUCUGCUUCUUUGGUAUUAUUGAACUAUUAAAAUGUCCUCUUUCUGACUAAGUAAAGAAAACCUCUACAAGGCGAACGCACACUUAAUUCUAAAUAGCAUAGACAGUGCGGUCAAAUGCAUAAUCACUGUACAAAAAGUUACAUGACACUUGCAUCAGGAACCUAGGACAGAAUCUCAGACUCCUGGGGCGGAUGGGAUAGAAGCUGUUUAUAUCCCUCAUCCAUGUACUACUGCUCACUGCAUCCUUGAGAACUAAUUGAUAGGAUUAACCAAGGACUAACCUGCAUCUUCCUGACAAAGCAGCUAGGGGCUGUGUCAGGUUAUGUGCUUCACCCUGAGCUAUAAACAGCAGCGUUACGGGGGCUUGGAAGGAGCUUUAAGGUAGGAUUUAAAAGAAAUAAAAUACACAGAGAAGACUUUGCAGUGAGUGCAUAAGUGCAUAAUGUCAAAACUUCUGAGGAGGCCGAGUUAUCCUUCCGCACCACUGACAGAAAAUUAAAAGUAAUUUCUUUGUGGUAGCCUUCCCUUUGUGAAUCAAAGGAUGUGUAAAUCUUCUUAAAGCCCCUUGCAGCACUUGGAUUUCAUUUUGGGAUUUAUGUCCCUUAUUCUGUAGUUUAGGUAGUAGUGACAAACAACUGAGGAGAGGAUGCUUGUUAGUAUAGUGUAUGAGGCUUUGUAUUUUAAUGGUCAAAAACUUGAAGUGUGUGUUUACAGGACUUAAGGCUCAAGAGGUACAUGACUUAACUGGGAAGUAAAACAACAAGACCAAAAAACCUUUGUUGUACUCUGAGCUGUUGCACGGCUAUUUCAAUUUUUGCACAUGCAGACCUUGCUAAACAUCCUGCAUAACAUUCCCAUGCUUAUAUCAGCAUAUAAUAUUUUGUCAUAUGGACCAAAAAAUGCUCAAUGGUAUACAGCAAAGAAAAGCUUAACCUAGGUAUUGGCCUGAGACUGUGUAAAAAUGCAAGCAUCAGUUUACUUCCCAAUAUUUUUUUCAGAUUUGUGGAAAAAAGAUUGAAGUAUUUGACAGAAAAUAUCAAAGCACAUCAUAAGUGCUUACAUGAACUUAUUUUUCUAAGGAAAAAAAAAGGG